AGUUUUGCCCUCCCCAAAUGUUAGCCCAUGCACACAAGAAGGAUAGAGAGAGAGAAGGCCAUUAAUAAUUGAGACUGCAACAUAGGAUUUUCCCUGUGAAACGGCUUGGCAAAAAGUAGCAGCAGGAGUGGCCAGUGUCGACCAGCAAAAAACCCGGGAGUAGGGGAUAAAAGGCAUUUCCCCAGCCCAGAGCUAAAAACGCUGCAGCUCCCAUUUAGUUACCAGACAAAGGAAGAAAUAAUUAUCAUCAUCAUCAUAAAAGCCUAAUAUAUACCAACCCCUAUUUAUUCUUUUCUUUCCCACGCUCAUUCCCUCGCUCUUUCUCUCUAUCUUCUCCCAGCAUCCCGCACACGGAGAGAGCUUUCUGACGAGAGAAAUGGAGGGCCGGAGCGGGAGCGGCGGAGGCGGCGAUAGCUCGUGCCUGAUGGGCGGCUUCGGCGAGGGCAGCAGCGGCCUCUCGCCGCUCAUGAUCAUGCCUCUUAUGGCGUCACGUUCCAUUCCGACACCAACUCCACACAUGUCCAACAACGGUCUCUUCGUACCUCCCCCGCCGAGCAACGCCGGCGGCGAGGACUAUGAUAACAACGUCAUCAAGGCCAAGAUCAUGGCGCAUCCUCAGUACCCUCGACUCCUCUCCGCCUACGUUAACUGCCACAAGGUGGGAGCGCCGCCGGAGGUGGUGGCGAGGCUGGAGGAGGCGUGCGCGACGUCGCUGAUGAUGGGCCGGGCUUCGUCCUCGUCGGCGGCGGCUGGGGAUGGAGGGAAUGGCGGCGGCGGCGAGGAUCCGGCGCUGGACCAGUUCAUGGAGGCCUACUGCGAGAUGUUAACCAAGUACGAGCAGGAGCUCUCCAAGCCUUUCAAGGAAGCCAUGCUUUUCCUCUCUCGGAUUGAUUCCCAAUUUAAGUCCCUCUCCCUCUCCACUCCCCCUCCUCCUCAAGUGUAUGGGGAGCAGUUGGAAAGGAACGGAUCAUCUGAGGAAGAGUUUGGUGCAUCUGAGAAUUAUGUCGAUCCUCAAGCUGAGGACAGGGAGCUUAAAGGUCAACUCCUUCGGAAAUACAGCGGCUAUCUCAGCAGCCUUAAGCAGGAAUUUUUGAAGAAGAGGAAGAAAGGGAAGCUGCCCAAAGAGGCCCGGCAACAGCUUCUUGACUGGUGGAAUAGGCACUACAAGUGGCCAUAUCCUUCGGAGGCGCAGAAGCUGGCACUGGCGCAAUCAACGGGACUCGACCAGAAGCAAAUAAACAACUGGUUCAUCAACCAAAGGAAGCGCCACUGGAAGCCGUCGGAGGAGAUGCAGUUCGUGGUGAUGGACACGGCGCAUCCUCACUACUUCAUGGACAAUAGUCUUGGCAAUCCCUUUCCCUUGGACUGUGCCCCGGCUCUUCUUUGACUUCACUCUAUGGAUGUUCUAGCUCUCAUCUCUGAACUCGUGUGUAUGAUCUACGUAAGUUAGAGUUUGUACGUGUUUGCAGCUUGGACGCUUAUCAUAAUGCCUGCUGACCUAUGUAUGAGUAUGGAAGCCGUUAUUGUCCGUCUGUAGUUCUGCUGGAGCAGACGUUCUUUUGGACGCUGUGCUUUGGUUUGUUCCGCCCAAGUGUCUUCUGGGGUCUCUUCUGAUUGCUGUAGCAAUAAUGGAUUGUAGUGUCUAUUUGGGUACUGUCUCCACUGUGCUUCAUCACGUUGAUGUCUAACGUGUAUUGGGAGUUCUAUUCUGAUG